AUGAUCUUCGCCGCAAGACAGCCGCAGAAGGUGCGCACCCACCUCGGCACUACGUUUGUGGGCCUGACGAAAGCUUUUGACACGGUGAAUCGAAAAGGAAUAUGGAAACUCAUGCAAAAGUUCGGCUGUCCGGAGCACUUCAUCCACAUGCAGGGCUGUGCCCACGCGCCUACCCUCUUCAGUCUCAUGUUCUCUGCCAUGCUGAUGGAUGCCUACCAUGAUGAGUGUACCGGGAUCCGCAUCAACUAG